CUCGGUUGCCGUAUGCCUCCGCUUCCUCUGCUGGCGGAUUUUAAAUGAAACCAGACAACUUCUGACCUUUUCCCGUCUUUUAUGCAUCAGUCUGGAAGCCCUGGUUUCUCUGGCUUGUGCCGAGUCACCGACCACCUUUUCCUGAGUAAUGGCCGAGCAGCUAAGGACUGCUCCCAGGUGACAGGCAGUGGGAUAACCUGCAUCAUAAACGCCACAGAGACCAGGAGCAGCUCUCCUCCUCCUCCUGGUGUGGAGGAGUACGUCCACAUCCCGGUAUCCGACUCCCCGCUCUCCUCACUCAGAGAUCACUUUGACCAGGUGGCGGAUAAAAUCCAGAGCAUCGCAGAGAGCCGUGGCCGCACACUGGUUCACUGCAACGCCGGAGUGAGCCGCUCCGCCGCCCUCUGCCUGGCCUUCCUGAUCAAACACCGAGGGAUGAGUCUGCUGGAGGCCCACAGGAUGCUGAGGAGAUGCCGGCCCAUCGUUAGACCGAACCCCGGCUUCUGGAAGCAGCUCAUCCGGUAUGAGGAGGAGCUGAGAGGCAGCAGUUCAGUCAGGAUGGUUCCCUCUGCUUUAGGAGAGAUACCGGAUAUUUAUGCAGAGGAGGCCAGAAACAUGGUGCAUCUGUGACCACAGACUUUCCCUUACAGGGUGGAACACUGAGCAGUUAUGGACAUUAUGGCUUUUAUAUGUUUUGGCCACUGGGAGAGUAAAUAAACUUUCUUUUUUUAUUAUUAUCUUCUACACUUUCACGAUUCUUUUUAUAAAUAAAUGCAAAAAUAAAGUAUUAAA